AUGAAUCUGGCAAAUUACUCUUACUUCUCUGGCAUGUGCAACAUGACCGCAGAGACGCAGCACUCGCCCGCCGAGGCCAGUCCUGUCGUCCUGUCUCCAAACGUCAGCCUGGACUCUCCGUUGGCUCCUGCACCCCCCCUGAUGCUGCAGGCCCGGUCCAGCAAGGACAACGUUCUGAUCAAGUCCGAGCCCAGAGGAACCAGCCCCGGCGCGGAGGACGGAGCCGCCCUGGGCCAGACCGAGGAGCACCUGCCCACCGGGAGCCGCCGGAGGAAGAGGCCCGUCCAGAGGGGGAAGCCCCCCUACAGCUACAUCGCCCUCAUCGCCAUGUCCAUCGCCAACUCCCCCGAGAGGAAGCUCACUCUGGGGGGCAUCUACAAGUUCAUCAUGGAGCGGUUCCCCUUCUACAGGGAGAACUCCAAGAAGUGGCAGAACUCCAUCCGCCACAACCUCACCCUCAACGACUGCUUCGUCAAGAUCCCCCGGGAGCCCGGCCGACCAGGGAAGGGCAACUACUGGACCUUGGACCCGGCCGCCGAGGACAUGUUUGACAACGGGAGCUUCCUGAGGAGGAGGAAGAGGUUCAAGCGCACAGAUGUGAGCACCUACCCCGGGUACAUGCAGAGCUCCAGCGCCUUCACCCCCACCCCAAUGGGCAGACCCUCGUACCCCAACACCCUGUACGCCGGGAUCGGGUCCGGUUAUGGCUCCCAGCUGACGGCCACAUCCCCGCAUCACCCCGCCAUGCUGCAUCACUACCAGAGCUCCGCAGGGGUCGGCCAGGGACAGCCGCGCAUGUUCAGCAUCGACAACAUCAUCAGCCAGCAGACGGUGGUCCAGAGCGGCCCGGGGGGGGACCUCAGCUCCCAGGGCCUGGGGCUGGGUGGAGGUGACCUGGGCAACAUGACCUCCAGCUGCUCGGUCACCGGCACCGACCCGUCCGCCUGCUUCCAGAGCCAGGCGAUGAACCCCUCGGGGAACAUGCUGGGCAGGAACAGCGGGAACAUCGGGAACAUCGGCUCCAAUCUGGUCGCCGGGUACCCCUACUCAUCCUCGGCCUCUCCUCCGAACCUGCCCGCCAUGACCCAGUCCGGGUUCUCCCCGGGGAGCUCCCAGGUUUACUGCUCCGGCAACCGGCUCUCCCUGCCGGCCCUGCGCCCGGGCUCCUGCGCCGAGCACACGGAGCAGCUGCUGGGCCUCUCCAACCCCAUGAACUCCUACAACAACACCUACAUGAGACAAGCCAACUUCGCUUCAGGGUUAGACCGGUACAUGUGA